GAAAACCUGCAAUGUGCUUUAACAUCACCAUGGACUUCUUUUCGCUUGCAAAUCUUCCUUCCUCCCACCCUCCCUUUCUCCUUCAGCCGGGCGGCGUAUGUGUGCCACAGAGUGUGUUUGCGAGAUGAAAAAAGUGUGUCUCUGCGUGUGGGUCUGCAUCUCAGGACGUCCGUGUCUUGUUGAUUUGCACCAAAGCGGAUAAAAGCUGGUGAAGCUGCUCCUCGCUGGAGAAGAUGCGCUCCGCAAACGGACGUCGGUUUCCAUUGCACGCGUCUUCAUCUUGCACCCAUCCGGUUCCUUCGGCAUGAGUUCAACACCCCGUGUAAAAGAUUUCACCUGCCUGUUAUGCAAAUUCGGAUUGCGUCUGAUUCGGGACUCGGGAAGCACCUCUGGACAAAAGCAUCCGAUUAAUAUUUUAAGAAAGCGCACAGCGCAGCGCGCACUGCUGUAACGCGAUAUUCAUAUUGAAAAAAGGGGGGACAGUGCAAAGUUGUAGCACCAGUAGCGCGCGCACACACACGCGCGCGCGCACACACAUUCUGAUGGAGUGACCCGGUACCGAACAAGCCCUUAUGAACUUCACCAAAGUGGUGCGUGAAAGAAGAUGAUGCAGUGGUCUACUGGAACUGGGAGCAGUAGUAAAAAGGAACCGUAUGAUCUUGCACUUCUAAUGGGGCUUGUGUCAUAAACAGCGUGAACAGUGGAGAUCGAAAACCAUACAUGAGCUGGAUGUAUUCUCAUCUAGCUUCAAUAUUUUUUCUGGUGCUGUGAGUCUAAAGCUGCAAAAUGACUGUGGUGGCAGGAGAUAACAUGGAUGAGACCUCAACCCUGCCAGAGCAUCCACAUGAUCCAUACCCCCAUGACCAUGAGGACCAUGAGUGCUGCGAGCGUGUUGUUAUCAACAUCUCAGGCCUGCGCUUCGAGACUCAACUCAAAACACUUGCCCAAUUUCCAGACACGCUGCUGGGCAAUCCCAAAAAACGGAUGCGCUACUUUGACCCUUUAAGGAAUGAAUACUUUUUUGACAGGAACCGACCAAGUUUUGAUGCCAUUCUCUACUACUACCAGUCAGGUGGGCGUUUGAGAAGACCUGUCAAUGUCCCUUUAGACAUGUUCUCUGAAGAGAUCAAAUUUUACGAGCUUGGAGUUGAGGCCAUGGAAAAAUUUCGGGAGGAUGAGGGCUUUAUUCGGGAAGAGGAGCGCCCCCUGCCAGAAAAUGAAUUUCAGAGACAAGUAUGGCUUCUAUUCGAACAUCCAGAGAGCUCAGGCCCUGCGCGUGGCAUUGCAAUUGUGUCAGUAAUGGUCAUUCUGAUUUCCAUAGUCAUAUUUUGUCUAGAGACCUUGCCAGAACUCAAAGAGGAUCCACGUGGGCGUAUGCAAACUGUUGGGAACACUACUACCUACUACAAGCCAAACAUUUUCAAAGACCCCUUCUUUAUUGUGGAAACCCUCUGCAUUAUUUGGUUCUCUUUUGAACUGAUAGUCCGUUUUUUCGCUUGCCCAAGCAAGGCAGCCUACUUUAAAAACAUGAUGAACACGAUUGAUGUAGUGGCAAUCAUCCCCUAUUUUAUCACACUUGGCACAGAGCUUGCUGAAGAUGAAGAGGGCAAGGAAGUAAAAGCAGGAGGAGGUGAACAGGCCACAUCUCUGGCUAUCCUCAGGGUUAUUCGUCUUGUCCGGGUGUUCAGGAUCUUUAAACUGUCAAGGCACUCUAAAGGCCUGCAGAUUUUGGGGCAGACACUAAAAGCCAGCAUGAGAGAGCUGGGCCUCUUGAUCUUUUUCCUUUUCAUUGGUGUGAUCUUGUUCUCCAGCGCAGUGUAUUUUGCAGAGGCUGAGGAGAAGGAGUCUUUCUUCACCAGUAUUCCGGAUGCAUUUUGGUGGGCCGUCGUCUCAAUGACCACCGUAGGCUAUGGUGAUAUGUACCCUGUAACCAUCGGAGGCAAGAUCGUGGGUUCUCUUUGUGCUAUUGCUGGUGUGCUUACCAUUGCACUUCCUGUCCCAGUGAUUGUGUCCAACUUUAACUAUUUUUACCACAGAGAAACAGAAGGGGAGGAGCAGGCACAGCUCCUCAAUGUGAGUAAUCCCAACAUUGCGUCCGACUCCAACUCUAGUCGACGCAGCUCCUCUAUCAUAAGUAAGUCGGAAUACGUGGAGACAGAUGAUGACAUGAAUAACAGCAUUGACAAUUUUAGGGAGGCAAACCUGAGAACUGGAAACUGCACUCACAUCUCAAACCAGAACUGUGUGAAUAAGGGCAAGCUUCUGACAGAUGUGUAAUUCUUGCUCCACUUUUAGUUUGAAGAAACACUAAUGAUGUAUUAUAAAUAUGGGAGUGAUUUAUACAAGCCUAGUUCAAUGCAUUUUUGCAUUGCAUUGGCUUUAUCAAGACAAGGAAUACAUUCAUAUGCCACUGACUUUCAAAAUGUUUGCUGAGAAAAAAGAUAUUGCAGAUAAAAAGGAGAUAAAAAAAUAAAAAAGUCCAAAUGGGAACUUUGUCACCACCUGUCAACAGUGUGAUUACCAGGAAAACAAGACAUGGAUUAGUAUAAAAACAUUGUCCUCAGCAUCUGGAAUUACGUUCCUAGAGCAUUAUGCAGAUUCUGAUGUGCUGUCUCAUUUUUAGGCAUAGGUGCUGUUGAUCUCGAGGUUCUCUGAACAGCAAUGCACCUCUUUAUUAAUGGAAAAUCAUGGCUUCUAGCCAAUGCUGAUAUUUCUCCAUCAAUGCUAAAACUCUAACUGCUAUAAGAUCCAAUUCCAUGUGAAAAAGAACAUAGCUUUUGGAAGUGUUUAAGCAUGUUGAAAUAUUAUUUGGUUACUGAUCAUGGCAUGCACAAAUCAUUACCUCAAUAUUUUUUCUAUUCAUUUACAUAUUGCCCUCAAAUUUCAGACUUUGGUUUUGCAAAAUGCAGUGUGCAUUAUGUUUAGUUCCUGGUAUGAAUUGAGAAAUGAAUGUUAUAAUCGUAAGGUUGGAGUGAAGCUUCAAAGCCUCCUCAACUCAGGUACUAUGUAUCUUGGUAAUUAAUGCAUGACACCAUUAUUAACAGAUCAUAAUGGAUCUUUUUUAUGUACUAGUAGAUUAAUACAGGGAUCCAAAAUAAUUUCAAGAAUAGACAAUACAGAUGUACAUUGUAAUGGCAUUUAUCAGCAAUGUUGUUACAUUCCCGACAGUAUCACAUCUGCAGUUAAUGGGACAUGGAGGUGAAACCCUACAAAAUGUAGAACUGGCAAUGGAAAUUGUUUUAAGGUACACUAAUUAGGUUUUUUGUAGGAUUUAUUGGUAUCUGAUGGCCAGCGAGUUCAAUGUUUUGCAUAUGGGCUGAUUCAUUAGGCUCUAUUUACCCGCUAGUGCAGCUCUUCAAAACUCAAAACAUUGCAUCCAUGCUUGUUUUACCAACUUAACAAGAAUGGAACCAACAGUAAACUUCUGAAAAGCCACUGCACAACUCAUUACUACCCUUUACUGUUUGCAACAUGUUUAUGAUUUUACAACAUAUUAACCAUUUAGUCAACUUUACAAGUAAACUAUUUAGUGUAUCUGCUUGGACAUCUUCGCUGUUUGAAGAUAUACAUAUAUUACUCUGUAUAUGUUGCAUAUAGUGCCUUUAACCCCCUCACUGACAGAACUUUAAAAAAGUGCCUCCAUGUACAAUAACAUCAAGUUUUACUGUGCAACUCCUUUUAACUGUAUGAUGCAAUGUCAAGGACCAAUCUGAUUUUAAUUUGUACUAUAAUAAUCAGAAUAUGCACAGCAAAACAAAGUUUGGUGUUUGUGUGCAUGACAUUUCAGAACGAACAAGGUCACUGAAGAUUGCUGCGGUGUGCAGAAAGUGAUAAUUUGAUGACUGCUAAAGAAACUUUAGAAGUUGUAAAAUGGAAAUAAGAACAGAUAGACCUCAGAAAACAGGUGGGAUAUAUUUGUUUUUGACCUAUCAAACAUUGUACAUAAAUCCCAGUUGAUAAAUUAAUCUGAGAAACAGUCAAUGAGUUAGAAAUAUAUAUUUUUCUUUUGCAUCUGUCUGUUCAUUUAUCUUUGUAUUUGUUUA